UUCUCAUGCAGAGAGCUGCAACGAUGCAGAAAUGCGUCCAACUCUACGCCUUUCACGCCAGCUUUCUAAUUAUGAAAGCUCCCAUCUUUCCCCAGCCUUGCUUAACUCCAGCAUCAAAGCCUUUAUUCAACAAGGCCAAUACACUAAAGCCUUGCAACUGUACUCUGUUUCCCCACUUACAGCAACAAAAUUCACUUUCCCCUCUCUUCUUAAAGCUUCCACUUUCGUCUCUAACCUUACCUAUGGCAAAACCCUCCAUUCCACAAUCAUCCAAUUGGGUCUUCAGUUUGACCCUUUUAUCACUACUUCACUUAUAAAUAUGUAUGUAAAAUGUGGGUCAUUUUCUAAUGCAGUUAAUGUGUUUGAAAAAAUGGUUGACACAGAAGUUUUCGUUGAAGAUGUCACCUUUUGGAAUUCUUUGCUCGAUGGGUUUUUUAAGUUUGGUCUAAUUAAGGAGGGUUUGGCUCAUUUUUACAGGAUGCGGGCGUCUGGGGUACUUCCUGACGCUUACUCACUCUCUAUUCUUCUCAGUGUUUUGGGGUACGAAGAAGGAAAGCAAAUUCAUGGUUACAUUGUUAGGAACGUGUUUAAGAGUGACCCAUUUUUGGAAACUGCAUUGAUUGAUAUGUAUUUGAGUUGUAGUCGAAUAAUGGAGGCUUGGUGUAUAUUUGAUCAUUUGGAAGAUACGAGCAAUGUGGUGGUCUGGAAUGUGAUGAUUGGUGGGUUUUUCGAGAAUGGAUUGUGGGAGUGGAGCUUAAAGUUGUAUUCCUUAGUGAAAUGUGAGAAUGUCAAGCUUGUGUCGGAGUCGUUUACUUGUACCUUGAGUGCAUGUGGGUAUGGUGAUGUUGUGGGUUUUGGGAGGCAAGUUCAUUGUGAUUUGAUUAAAUUGGGAUUUGAAAAUAACCCUUUUGUUUAUACUUCGCUUUUGACCAUGUAUGGAAAAUGCCAAUUUGUUGAAGAUGCAGAAAAGGUUUUCUAUCAGGUAUUGGAUAAAGGAAUUGAAGUAUGGAAUGCCAUGAUAUCAGCUUUCGCUUGUAAUGGAUAUUCUUAUGCUGCUUUUGAAGUUUACAACAAGAUGAGAUAUAAUGUAAUAACCCCUGAUUCUUUUACAAUGUCUAACGUUUUAUCAUGUAGCAGUAUGAUUGGAAUAUAUAAUGUUGGGAGGUCAGUUCAUGCAGAAUUAGUCAAAAGACCUAUAGAGAGUAGUGCUUCCGUACAGAGUGCGCUAGUGACCAUGUACUGCAAGUGUGGGAGUGCUUAUGAUGGUAAUUCACUUCUUGGCGCAAUGAGGGAAAAGGACGUGGUUGCUUGGGGAUCCAUGAUAUCAGGUUUUUGUCAAAAUAGGAAAUUCAAAGAAGCUUUAGAUUAUUUUAGAGGAAUGGAUGCAGAUGGGGUAAGGCCAGAUUCUGAUAUUAUGUCAAGUGUCAUUAAUGCUUGUACAGGACUGGAGAAUGUAGAUUUGGGGUGCAUGAUCCAUGGAUAUGUUAUUAAAAGUGGUUUGAAGGCAGAUGUUUUUGUGGCCACUUCCCUUGUUGAUAUGUAUUCAAAAUGUGGUUUCCCAGAUAUGGCUGAAAAUUUGUUCUUCGAUAUGCCACAUAAAAAUCUUGUUGCUUGGAAUUCCAUCAUGUCAUGCUAUUGCCGAAAUGGUCUACCUGACCAGUCGAUAAAGCUUUUUUCUAUAAUAGUUCAGCAUGAUUUUUGUCCAGACUCUGUGUCCGUCACAACUGUUCUUGCUGCAGUUUCAUCCAUAGCAGCUUUACUUAACGGAAAGAUAAUCCAUGGAUAUCUUAUUAGAGUAGAGGUUCAAUCUGAUAUUCAGCUGGAGAAUGCAUUGAUCGAUAUGUAUAUUAAGUGCGGAUUCUUAAAAUAUGCAGAGUAUAUAUUUCAGAACAUGUCUCAGAAAGAUGUUGUUUCAUGGAAUUGCAUGCUUGCUGGUUAUGGAUCUCAUGGGGAUUGCCUUCGAGCAUUGUCAUUAUUUGAUGAGAUGAAGAACUGUGGAAUAACACCUGAUGAUGUGACUUUUCUUUCCCUGAUUUCAUCGUGCAAUCAUGCUGGUUUGGUUGAUGAAGGCCAAUAUAUAUUUCAAUCCAUGACAGUGGAGCAUGGGAUUGAACCUAAAAUGGAGCAUUAUGUAAACAUUGUUGAUCUCCUGGGCCGCGCCGGACGCUUGGACGAUGCUUAUAAUUUUGUAAAAAUCAUGCCUAUGGAACCUAACAGGAGUGUUUGGUUGAGUUUAUUGUGUGCCUGCCGAGCCUAUUCUAAUGUGGAGCUUGGUGAAUUGGCAGCUCAUAACUUGCUGAAAGUGGAACCAAGCAGGGGCAGCAAUUAUGUUCAACUGUUACAUUUGUAUGGAGAAGCUGGAUUACGGGACAAGGCUGCAAACAUACGAGCAACAAUGAAAGAAAGGGGAUUGAAGAAAAACCCUGGAUGUAGUUGGAUUGAACUGAGGAAUAAGGUUGAUGUUUUUUUCUCAGGAGAUUCAUCCUCCCUGAGAACAAUGGAGAUCUAUGAGAUAUUACACAGCCUUGGCAGGAAUAUGGAAAAGAAAGAAGGUGAUUAUGAAAUUGAGAUAUUUCUUUAACUUUUAAUCUUAUUGCAUCAAUAACAACCUAGUUAUUUUGAAGAUCAGUAGACAACAGAGUAUGUGUGUAUGAUCUGAAUUUUAAUAUCUUUUAUGAUCAAAA